AUGGAGCCGCAGAGCAGACACAGGAUGAUCGACUUGACAUCGGUUUGGUCAAAUGUCAACGCUAAUUGGGCACGGACAGAAGCCAUGAAGGUUGUCAACGACCACACGCAACACCUCAAUCACCUCUUCAGCGGCAUGAUUAGUCCGCCGGUCAUCAGGCUUGCCAAGCAGUUGACAGGAGCUGGGCCUGCAGGUUUCGACAAGGCCUUCUUCCUCAGCACUGGCGGCGGAAGUAACGAGGCUGCUAUUCACCUAGCCAGGUUCUACACCGGGAAGUUGGAGAUAGUUGGAGUGGCGGCUGCAUAG